GCAGAAGAUAAACUUGUAACGCUAUAGAACGCUUCAGACGUCAGGUAGCGCGUGCAACGGACGAGCAGUGUUUUAGCGUGCGCUAGGUUAUUUUCUUCUUCUAUUAAAGACUUAAGGGAACGUUAAAAACAGUUUGAAAGAAAAAAUGUUUGGAUACGGAAAAAUUAGUUUUCUUUGGAUUUUAAUUCUAACACAAGUAACAGCUAGACAUGUUCCACUGGCAAGUCAACGAAACAGCGCACAAUCUCGGCCACGCCUUCUAGUUAUAAGACCACCCGAAGGAAGCGGACAGCCCAACAGAAUUGUUCUCCUUGCCAACCAAAGACCGCCGCCUCAGCCAACGAAUGCCUCGCCUUCUAUCUCAACCGCUUUAUCCGUCCUCCAAGAAACUGCGGCAGUUGCACAAGCCAAUCUGAACAGAGCUUUCGGUGGUCAUCCCCAAUCAGCGUUUCGUCAGCAGUCCAGUUCGUCCGGUAGCAGCAGUAGUUCUUCUUCAAGCAGUUCUAGCGGAACAAGAAGUCUUAGAAACCUUCUACAGGGCAUGCGCAGAUCAGGUCCUGCUACGUCAUCAAAUAUUGCUCGCGUGUCUGAUACUAUACCACGAGCAAUGCCUCCAGCACUUCCGCCGACAAAAAGAUUUGGUGAACUAAAUAUACCAAGUGUGAUAGAAGCCGCUCUUAGACGCCUCCAAGAGCGGGCAAGACUUCAAGGAAAUGUGCGGGACAAUAACGUUCUUCCAAGACACGAUUUUAGAAUGACCCCAUCACCUAGUGCACCUAGCACGCCUGAUCGUUCUCCAUUCAGUGGCGGUGUUAUUGAUCUCUCCAGGCUGUCACUCAAUGAACGAAACAAUCGGAACGAGGCAACAACUAGUGGCAACUCUGGGAGCAGAUCUAAUUCGAAAUACUCCAAGAUGGGACAUUGGAACGUUAUUGUCCUCGAGUACAUUAGGUAGAAAUGGUGUAUCUCCACGGGAGAAAAAUCAAUUGAAUAGGAAUUCGAACGGAGUUAGACAGACUCAGAAUGGAAAUGGACCGUUUGUGAAAAACAACGACCUGCUUCAA